AUGUUUCAUGUAGUUUCUCUGCCUACAGGAAGAGAGUGUUGGCGGAGGAGACAAAUAUCUGUUUGUAAAAAAGAGGUUAACAAGUUGAAGGAGUAUGUACAUAAUGCUGAGACGGCCAAGAUUGAGGCUUUGUUAGAGCUUGAGGAAGCCAAGAAAACAGUUGAGCAUCUCAAUCACGAGCUGGUAAUUAAGCAGGACAUGAGAAUUGGUGACAAAAGUUUGGAUUUCAAUGUUAGAACUGGGACUUCGGAGCUAGGCCUUGCUAAGGAAUUGCUUCAAAGAGUAGCCGAAGAAGAGAGUGAAUCGGGAAUUAGGCAGAAUAUGAGAAAUGCUGAGAAGGGUUUAUAUUUGAGUAGUAAUGUGAGAGUUGUGACUAAAAAGUCUUAG